AUGGCGGUGGGUGCUUGUCCCCGGGCUCCACAGGAUGGGGACCUGGCUGCUUUUGUUCACCAUUAUGGCCCCAGGGCCCUAGCCCUGUGCCUGCCACCCAGUGAGUGUCCCAGCCCCGGGCGCGGCGGCGCCGCCAAGCGGAAGAAGAAGCAGCGGCGGAACCGCACCACGUUCAACAGCAGCCAGCUGCAGGCGCUGGAGCGCGUGUUCGAGCGCACGCACUACCCCGACGCCUUCGUGCGGGAGGAGCUAGCCCGGCGCGUCAACCUCAGCGAGGCGCGUGUCCAGGUCUGGUUUCAGAACCGCCGGGCCAAGUUCCGCCGAAACGAGCGGGCUAUGCUGGCCAACCGCUCAGCCUCGCUGCUCAAGUCCUACAGCCAGGAAGCCGCCAUCGAGCAGCCCGUGGCUCCCCGGCCCACUGCCCUGAGCCCCGAUUAUCUCUCCUGGACGGCCUCGUCCCCCUACAGCACGGUGCCGCCAUACAGCCCAGGAGGCUCAGGCCCUGCGACCCCGGGGGUCAACAUGGCCAACAGCAUCGCCAGCCUCCGUCUCAAGGCCAAGGAGUUCAGCCUGCAUCAUAGCCAGGUGCCCACGGUGAACUGACAGCCAGCCCCACCAGGACCCCGCUGCCUCCCUGGUCACACGACAGCAGAAAAGAGGGCAGACACGCAGGAAGGUGACCUUCUCCUGUCCCCUGUCUCCAGGACAGGCUGGGUGGGCUCUCCUGGCCCCUCUCUUCAGCCCGGACUUCUGGGCCCAAGAGGCUGCUGAGAUGCCCAGAGCCCGGCUCAGCCCCUCAUCCACGGCCGCUGGAGGUGUUGGGCUGGAAGGUUGGAGCGGCGGCUCACCAAGGACCUCACUUACUUUGUGUAUGAAAGCCAAAAAGCUGUUGUCUUUAAGAAAUAAAAAAAAAAAAGUUAAGCCCCAAAAGAUUGCGAGAGGGCGGACAAGGGCAGCAAACCGAUGAAGGGACGGCCUUUUGGGGCCAGCUGCCCUCGUCUGUGUGCCUCUUUCUGCAGGAAGUCCUCCAUCACCCUGGAGAGCCCCAGGGGUGGGGAGAGGGAUAGGAAGACAGAGACCUGCCCUGGAACCCCUGACACCCGGGUGUUUGGGAGAAACCCUGAUGUGUGACCCUGGCCAGGACCCGAACCCUCUCUGUGCAGGGAGUGUCUCCCCUGCCCUAGGGCAGGAGCAGAGGGUGUGUGGAGGCAGACGCUAGAAUUAAAUCCCUUGCUGCUGCGCACGCAGAAGCUGGGGGUCCCCUGGGCAUUUGACUGUGGGGGACCCGGGCAGAUGGCCCAGAAUGUCGGGGCGCAGAGUGGAGGUCCCAGGUGGGCUCACAGGACAGACGGGUGGUCCUAACAGACAGGGCCACCAGAGACCUUCCAAGUCCUCCAACCUACCGUUUCAGAGAUGGUCACUGGGGGUGACAGAGGACACAUGUGCCACCAGGCACUGACAUCACUUAUGAGGAGUCUGCAGAAAACUGUGGGGUGAGGGGAAUGGUCUGAAGCCAGCCCUCUCCACCUGGCCCCAUGCCACGCCUCCUGAUGGGCACACCCUCCAGGGAAGUUAAGAGAUCAUUUCUGGGAAUUCCCUGGUGAUCCAUCCGGUGGUUAGGACUCGCCGCUUUCACUGCCAGGGCCCGGAUUCCAUCCCUGGUCGGGGAACUAAGAUCCCAAAAGCCAUGCGGCCGGAAAAAAAUAAAAUAAAAUAAAGCGAUCAUUUCUGCGACCAGCCCCCAGGAAGUAAGACAACACUUCCCGACCCUCAGAGGGCGCAAAGAUGCUCGGCCCCUCCAGAGGGGUGGCCCUCACAGUGACACAGCCAUCACACCUCUGGACUCCAUGGAUGGACCCCGUUUCUCUAGUCUGCCCCACCCACACCACAUCAAAGUGCCCCCAAAGGGCCAGUGUCCCCCCCAACCAGCCACAGGCUGCAUCUUCUAGGUGACCCUGAAUAGGUCAAAGCCACGUGACAAUCCUAACACGAGGGAUGGUCCCCGUUUUUGUUUUAGAAGGUGUAACUAACCCCUGAGUGAGGUGGGGACCCUCCCCAUCUCCCCCAAUUUACCCCCAGAGAUUCUUCCCCAUCCUCCAUCAGAAAUUCCACCAUGAAAACACGGUUCUGGGCUUCCCUGGUGGCGCAGUGGUUAAGGAUCUGCCCGCCAACGCAGGGGACACGGGUUCGAGCCCAGCUCCGGGAAGAUCCCACGUGCCACGGAGCAACUAAGCCCGUGCGCCACAACUACUGAGCAUGCGCUCUAGAGCCCGCGAGCCACAACUACUGAGCCCGUGUGCUGCAACUUCUGAAGCCCGCGCACCUACAGCCCGCGCCCCGCAACAAGAGAAGCCACCGCAAUGAGAAGCUCGCGUGCCGCAACGAAGAGUAGCCCCGGCUCGCCGCAACUAGAGAAAGCCCGCGCGCAGCAAAGAAGACCCAACUCAGCCAAUCAACAAAUAAAUAAAUAAGAAAACAAAACAAACAAACAAAGAAAACACGGUUCUUGUGAGGUGAGCUUUGUCCCCUUCAGAUGGGCCAACAGGCCCUGGGGACCAUCGCCGUGUGAACUUCCCUGUGGCUGGGCAGUUGGGACUCUGGUCCUUGGGUGGGGCGGGGGAACGAUGAGGGGGACGCACAGGCUCCAGCUGAAGGCGUGGGGAGGGGGCAUUCUGCUGAUAUACGGAGCUGGCUCUGCCGGCCUGACUACGGCGGCCAGAGCAAAGGGUUGGCCUGUGCCCUGUACUGUGUGUGUGUAUGGCAGGGGAAGGGGGUGCGGGGGGUACAGCCAGAGCUGUGUUUUCUUGCUCAGUUUGGCCUCUGCCUUGGGUAAGUGAUUUCUGGGCUUCUAUUUGCCAUUCAUUCACUGAACAAAUAUUUUGAAAUAUUAUAUGUGUGCAGGGCCCUACGCCGGGCCCUGAGGAGAAAGCAGAGAAUUGACACGGGGUCCCUGGCUUCAGAGGCCUCACCAAGCCCAAGGAGCCCCAAACCUAGUCUAAGGCAUCCAGGCAGGCUUCCUGGAGGAAGUGUCCUGGAAGGAUGAAGAGUCCACCAGACAAAGAGGGGAGCAAGACAGUGUUUCUGGCUAAGGGAACAGCAUGUGUAAAGGCCCUGGGGUAGGCCAGAAGUUGCCUCUUUGGUCCAGUGGGGACAGUUCUGGGCCUGGAUCUCCUGCAGGAUGAAGAUGGAGAGAAGCAGGGACGGCUCACGUGGGGCUUGUGUGGCCAGAUCUAAAGUCUGGAUGUCGGGACUUCCCUGGCAGCCCAGUGGUUAGGACUCUGUGCUUCCACUGCAGGGGACAUGGGUUCGAUCCCUGGUCGGGGAACUAAGAUUCCAAAUGCUGCGUGGCACAGCCAAAAAAAUUGUUUUUUAAAUAAAAAAAAAUAAAGUUUGGAUGUCACCCUGGCAGUGAGGAGCCAUGGAGGGGAUUUGCUUGGUGGAGGGACCCGCCCCUGGACCCUGUUGGAAGCAGAGAGACCCCUGCAGAGGCUGGGCUGGAUGUCCAGGCAGGAGAAGUGGCAGCCUGGACCAGAUGGGGACAGAGUGGGCAACCUGGGAGGUGUCCCAGACACAGCAGGGACAGGGGUUGAUGAGUAGAUGUUGGGCUGGGGAACAAGGGGGAGCCCAGGGGGCCAGGACUUGGCUUAAGCACGUGGAUGCCUGGGAGGAAGAGACCCUGGAAAUAGGACCCACCUGGUAGAGGGGUCGGGAAGAUGCUGGCCUGCCCUUCCACCCAGACAAGCGCUGGGGCCGUCCUGGUCUGAGCAGGGUCCUCCCUCACAAGGAGCUGACACCCACCCCAAGGAUUUGCACCAGCGAAGGGCCGGCCCACAGGGCCCAGAGCUGUGCCCUCACGGGCAGCCAGGAAGAGCGGCCUUUCUGUGGGCACGUGGACGAGCCCACGCAGGCCCUGGGCAGUGCCCCAGAACUCAGAUGGGGGUGCAUCUGGUCUUCCUAUUUUCAGUCCAGAGGGAGGGGCCACGAAGCAUCGCCAGGUUGGGGCUGCCUGCAGCAGAGAUGGCGUCACCCUGGCGGGGGGGCUCCCACUAGGGCCUGGAAGGUGGGUCCCAAGAACACCAGCUUCAGAAAAAGCCAUGGGCCGGGUUCCCACAGAGGCGCUGGCCCCAACAUCGGGCCACAAGGAUGUCAAUGUCACUUCCUCUCAAGCGCUCAAGGAAAAACAGACCGGCCUAAUCGUUUACACAUGCUGCUCUGGGGAGCUGAGGGAGGGGCCACAGCGGCCCUCCUUGUGAAAGAAAAUAUAUUCCAACAUUGCGGUCACUAUUGUAGCCCUAAUUGCAGGCUGUGUGUGCAGCUUCCUGCGCACCCGUCCCGGGAUAUAAUUUUCCGUGAGGAUAAGGUACCCGAGGCCCCGUCCCGGGCUGGGAGAACUUGGAAUCCUCCCUCUGAUUCCCUUUUGGCCAAGCAAGCUUGGGACAGGGCAUUGAAUGUACCUGCUUCUGUUUUUUUGUUUGAAAUAAACUUGAGAGAAAGAGAGAGAAAUUGAAGGAAAGGCAGUCUGGCUCUUGCAAAACCCAAAACCUGAGAAAUUAAGACCAGAGUUUUACCUUGGGCAAGGCACUUCUCCGGGCCUCAGUUUCCUCCUCUGUAACAUGGGGUGAUAACAGAAGCCACCUCACAGGGUUGUUGGCAGAGUUACCCUCCAUAAAUGAGCGCUGUGGUGUUUACGGUGGAAAAACACAGAGCAAGGGGUGGAGUUUAGGGAAGUCAAAAUACUCCCUGUUCUGGGGUGAAAUUGCACGUUCCCUUCUCAGAGAACCUGGCUCUUCCCCUUGUCCCUUCCAAGCCCACACUCCCGGAGCACCAGCUGGGGACCAAAACUCCUGCACCUCUGCUGCCUGCCACUGGAGGGCGCUGUGGGGUCCCCCGCCAGGCACAGAGCUGGGAGAACAAGGGCCCUCUCCCACACAGAUCACCGGAGAGGGCUGCAGGCUCCUGACCCAAAGACAAAGAAACAAGCAAAUCCCAACUCACCAGCAGGGGUCACAGCAUAAACAUCAGCACAAGCCUUUUGGAAAAUGGACCAACAGCCACGAAAAUGUUUGCAUGCUUUCACCCAGUAAUUCUACCUCUAAGCCCCACUUCAAAAAAUAAUCCAAAAUGGGGUGGGGGGGGUGGAAGCAACGUGUGCCAAGAUGUUUAUAUGUUUCCAUAGGUGCAGUGUAAAAAAUCUGGGAAGACCCAAACCAAGGUGUAAAUGCUUAAAAUUUGAUGAUGGCUCCGGAUCCACUUGUGUCUAUGUUUUCUGUAUUGAGACUAAGAACCUCAUAGGGAAACAGAACAAGCAGCCAAUGUGAUCAUCUCAACUACAUGAGAAGCUCUUUGAAAUGAAAAAACCGUGCUUUCUUCCCUUUUAUGUGCCCCUCGGUGCCUCAGUCAGAGCUGGACUUGUCUUUUCCAUACCUAUUGGUAAGUGAGUGGCCCCCAUCCAAAGCUCUCCUCUCUGCUCCUGUUAUCCCACCAUUAGUCCUUCAGGUCUUGAAGCUUUGUGGUCAUCAGGAAUUCCCUUCUCUCUUGCAAGUGCUGGAAGGAGCGUGUUUGAGAACUUCUUAACCUCUUAGUUCGCAUCUUAGAAGAAGUGGGAAUGGAUCGAGCUUGGGAUACGAGGAGUCGGGAGUGGGCACCUUGAAGCUGGAAGGUGCACUGGAUAAAGUGGUGUGGAUGACGUAAUUCUAAGAUGGUCCCGUGAUUCCCACUCCAGGGAGACACACACUUCGCAAUGCCCCCUCCUUGGGUAGGGGUGGAACCUCUGACUUGCUUCUAACCGACAGAAUAUGGUGAAGAUGAAGGGAUUUAGCAGAUGUGAUUAAGGUCCUUAAUCAGUCGACUUUGACUUAUCCAAAGGGAGAUUAUCCUUGGUGGGCCUAACCUCACCAGGUGAAACCUUUACAAGAGAGUCCAGGUCUUCCCUGAAAGAAGAGAUUCAGAGCAGAGAGAUGCGUUCCCACCAGCCUUGAGAAACAAACAGCUGUGCUGUGACCUGCCUGUGGAGGAGGUGGCCCCCAGCAGCCAAGGGCGUCAUUCUUACCAUCACAAGGAACCCAAUCCUGCCUGCAAUCUGAAUGAGCUCAGAAUAGGAUACUGAGCUCCAGAUGAGACAUCAGCUGAGGACUCCUUGACUGCAGCCUGUGAGACCCUGAGCAGAGCAGCCAGUUAAGCUGUGCCCAGACUCCUGACCUAUGGAAACUGUAAGACCAUAAACGGGUGUUGUUUUCUCUCUUUCUUUUUUUCUUUUUUGGCUGCACUGAGCAGCUUGCAGGAUCUUAGUUCCCUGACCGGGAAACCAGGGAUGGAACCCAUGCCCCCUGCUGUGGAAGCACAGAGUCCUAACCACUGGACCACCAGGGAAUUCCCUGGGUGUUGUUUUCAGCUGCUACGUUUGUGGCAACUUGUUACCCAGUGUGGAAAGCCACUGCAGAUGGAGAUGGAGCUUGGAAGUCCUCUUGAGCUUGGCCUCCCUCUUUCCACAGCACACCCAAAGAACCCCCGGACCCAUGACAGAGGAGACUUGACGCCUCUGCUCAAAUUAUCUGCCAUCUUAUCACUUUCCAGGCUGUUCUGCAUAAGCUGACAGAUUAAUUGCCCUAAAACACAUCUUUGGGAUUUCCAUCGUGGCGCUGUGGUUAAGAAUCUGCCUGUCAGGGGGCUUCCCUGGUGGCGCAGUGGUUGCGCGUCUGCCUGCCGAUGCAGGGGAACCGGGUUCGCGCCCCGGUCCGGGAGGAUCCCACGUGCCGCAGAGCGGUUGGGCCCGUGAGCCGUGGCCGCUGAGCCUGCGCGUCCGGAGCCUGUGCUCCGCAACGGGAGAGGCCACAACAGAGGGAGGCCCGCAUACCACAAAAAAAUAAAUAAAUAAAGAAUCUGCCUGUCAAUGCAGGGGACACAGGUUCAAGCCCUGGUCUGGGAAGAUCCCACAUGCUGCGGAGCAACUAAGCCAGUGCGCCACAACUACUGAGCCUGCGCUCUAGAGCCCGUGCGCCACAACUACUGAGCCUGUGUGCCACAGCUGCUGAAGCCCGUGUGCCUAGAGCCCGUGCUCUGCAACAAGAAAAGCCACUGCAAUGAGAAGCCCGCGCACCGCAACGAAGAGCAGCCCCCUCUCGCCACAACUAGAGAAAGCCCGUGCGCGGCAACGGAGACCCAAGGCAGCCAAAAAGAAAAAUAAAUUUAAAAACAAACAAAAAAACACAGCCUUGAUCAUGUCCCUCUCCUGCCUAAAGCCUUCUGGGGCUCCCCAAGGCCCUCCCAACAAAGUACCAUCACCCAGGCCAGGUGUUUGAGGUCCUAGCAUCCAGCCCUGCUCUCCCUGUCCGCCUUAAACCCGCCUUGUCCCCUACUCCAGAUUAUUCAGACAAUCCUGACAACUCAGUCCCCUCCGCUACUGUCCCCCUGCAGCAACAUCCUGCCCACCCAGCCCCGCUCUGCCAGUGAAAAUGUAUUCCCCAGAGGGUUACAAUGUAGUGUCAACUUCUUUUAAAAAGCAAGUUAAAUUCUAGACAGAAGAUGCAUUGGCAUGUCUGGGGAGAUGUGUGUCGCUUGAAAAAGAAUAAUUCAAUGUUGUAAUUUUAUAUUUGGAAAAUGAAAAGAAAAACCCUAUUAUUUUCAUAAUUCAAACUUUAAAAAGUGAAGCUACUCAACAUGUUCUUGGCGGGCACAGAUACCAAGAGAGGCAACCAC